GUGUUUUGGUGGAAGGAGCAGGCCAUUGUUUGAUUUUACUUCCAGUUCACGUGUGUCCCUUAGCGACAGGCAGCUCCUGAGAGGGCCCGGAGUUGCGGGAGGCGUGCACUGCCAGGCGUGGACUGUGUGCCGCGGCCUAACGCCCCAUGUGUCCCUCUGCCGUGUGUGUGAGGGCAGGUUUCCAUCCCAGAAACUGAAACGCACAUGUCUUUUGAUUGUAUGAAGACGGCACGGGCACAGGCCCCCUGAGCUGAGUUAGGCUUCCUCCUACGCUGAGCGAACCCCUGGCCCGGGUAGCCAAGGCAGCCACUACAGACCCCAGAGAACCCCAGGGGGCUCAUGCCUCGGACAUGGGCUCCACCCACCUGACGGGGACUCAUGCCUCAGACACAGGCUCCACCCACCUGACGGGGGCUCAUGCUUCAGACACAGGCUCCACCCACCUGACGGGGGCUUGUGCCUCAGACACGGGCUCCACCCACCUGACGGGGGCUUGUGCCUCAGACACGGGCUCCACCCACCUGACGGGGGCUAAUACCUCGGACACAGGGUCCACCCACCUGACGGGGGCUUGCGCCUCGGACACGGGCUCCACCCACCUGACGGGGACUAAUACCUCGGACACCGGCUCCACCCACCUGACGGGGGCUAAUACCUCGGACACGGGCUCCACCGACCUGACGGGGACUCGUGCCUCAGACACGGGCUCCACCGACCUGACGGGGACUCAUACCUCGGACACGGGCUCCACCCACCUGACGGGGGCUCGUGCCUCAGACACGGGCUCCACCAACCUGACGGGGGCUAAUACCUCAGACACGGGCUCCACCCACCUGACGGGGGCUCGUGCCUCAGACACAGGCUCCACCCACCUGACGGGGGCUCGUGCCUCUCAGACACGGGCUCCACCCACCUGACGGGGGCUCGUGCCUCGGACACGGGCUCCACCCACCUGAGAGCUUAGACUGCCUGGCCCACAAAUCAGAGCAGAGAGGGCUCCUGGGUGACUGCAUGGGGCAGAACCAAAGAUGGAAGAGUGGCCGGGCAGGAAACAUCGCCCACAAUGACCAGGUGCCGAGGUGGCCUGCCAGGCUCACCAGCCCAAGGCCCCCACCUGUGGCAUCAGGAGCCAGGGCACGCUGUGGUUGAAAUAAUUUUCAUUUCCACCUGCUGCUGACAUUGCCGGCCAUAGGUCUUCACGGCGAAUCACUGACCACUUCUGCGCGGGUUCCCAGAAACCCGUUCCCUCCACGUUGCACCCCCCAUCCCCCUCCGCGUUUCCCCCAUUGACUCCUGCGUCUUUGGCUCCAACACUUGCUUCCUGGGGAUCCCCAGUGACCAGCUGUGCUGGGGGUCUUCUGUGGGGAAUCCCAGGGGCUGCACUCUGGGGGGUCCUGCAGGAUCACCCUCCUGAUCAGUCAGCCUCAAGCAGGCAGCUGGGCUGCCCUGAGAGCUGCUCCUUGGCAGGUUCAGCCUCACGCUUCCCUCCGUGUGUCCCUCCC